GUGAUAAUAAUUUAUUAAAAUACUCGGUAUACAGCACGAAGUGCGAAUUAAGAUACUAUUAUAUUAUAUCAGUUCGUGGUAUACAGUGUAAAGUUGAUAGGCGGAUUUGCGAUCUAAAGGUUAGGUUGUUCGUGCUUAAUUAGAUGCGACAAGCGACGAAAUGUGUGUUGUGCGUUGAAAGUGUGCGCACGAUCGCGCUUAUGAAUUAUGAUCUAUAAUACAAACACAUCCGCCAUAUGGUAGUCACUAGACACUACUAUUCCAUUCGCCAGUCGGUGUCGGUACUCUCCGGUUUCGCGUUUCGGGUUUUUCGACUUUCAACUAGUCAACCUCUAUAUUGUAGUGUUAUAAUGUACGUUUGAGCACCGGCUACUGGUGCUCGUGAUUACAUUUAAACGCGGUUUUAUUCUCGCGGUCGCGUAGUUGUGCGAUGAUCGUCGUAUUCGAGACUUAAUCGCCCACACUGGCCAUUUGACAGCGAAAAUUAUAAAAACAUUGCACGUGUUGUUUUAUAAAUAACCAGGAGAUGUCCGCUUACUUACGCCAUAAUUCCAGGAUUGAAAAUUUCUCCAACAAAAUGGUUGAUUACAGUGAAGCCGGCCACAACAACACAUCAGUUGAUAGUAGAGUGAAAUAUUCUGACAAAGGUUGUAUGACUCAAGAACAACUGUUAGACUAUAAGUACGAGCCAUGUGGUAAAAAUGUCAAGCCAAAAAAGGACUUGUCAAAGAGAUUGAGUGAGAUAAAACUGGACAAUGAAAAAUCUCCUAUUGCUAAACUCAAUGAAAUUAUGUCAUUAAAAAAACAAUCAGUAGAAUACAAGUUAGUUUCUAUAGUAGGCCAUGUACAUGAUCCAAUUUUUAGAUUUGUUGCCAAAAAUGAUGAAAUAUCUGCUUAUGGAGAGGGUUCUUCAAAAAAAGAAGCAAAGAAAAAUGCAGCUAUUGCUUUUUUGGAUAAAUUGGAUAUCAAUGAUGGAAACAACACCAUAACAUCGACCACUUCAAGUAUUUCACCUGACAAACAUAGCCCAUCAAAGCAUAGCGAUGAGAAAAUUGUAGAUGAAUUAUCAAAAAAAAACCCUAUUGGUAUGCUGCAGGAGUUGUGCAUGGCUCGUCAUUGGGAGUUACCUACUUAUGAAUUUGCCCGUGAUGAACACAUUGAAACACAUAGAACUUGCUAUUCUGUAAUAUGUUCCCUUAGGGAUUUAAAAUCUAUCGGCGAAGGGAAAACCAAGCAAGCAGCUAAAAGAGAAGCUGCUCAAAUUAUGUAUGACCAAAUAAAAAAUGUUUCUCAACAGAGGAUUUCUACGUGUAAAAACUUUGAAUAUCCAUUUCCUACUCAUUCUAUGCUGAGAGACACUGUGGAAAGUAAGGUUAUAGAUUACUUAAAUGUUCAGCAGCCUUUAGAGUUAUUCUUUAACCGUUUAAAAUCAUCUCAAAAGCAAUGUUUAAGCAGAUUAAGGAAUAUACACUCCACAAUUGAAUUAAAAAAUAAUGCCAUUGAUUUUUUAUAUGAAAUUGGAAAUGAAGAGAAUUUUAACAUCACAUACAUAUUGAUUAAAAAGGAUCUAAAUGAUAUUGGAAUGUUGAUGCAAUUAGCUGUCACUCCUGUUUUGUUGUUUGUGGGUACAGGCAGAACCAUGCAAGAAGCUAAAGAAAUGGCUGCUUAUGUUGCUCUAUCAUACAUAAAACUUUUGUUAGAGAAGUAGAACAAUAACAAUUUAACUUGCAUAUUGCUCGUGCUUGCCUAAUACAAAUUAUUAAGCUUUAUAAUAGUACAGUACUAAUUUAUGUAUUUAUGUACACAAUAUGGUCUCUAGAUUCCUACAACUCAAAUUAAGAAGGAUCUACAAUAUUUAUUUUUUGUGUGAUUAAAUUUUGUAAUAAUCAUUUAACACUAAUAUUUUGUUUGCAUACAUUGUUCCUUUCUCAUUUUAAUUUAAAUAUUUAAAAACCAUAAAUCAAUAUUAACUAUUUUGUCUAAUGUUUAUAUUAAAAUGUUGUAUUCUAAGUCUAA